AGUUGUAGCAUCACUUUCUGGGUUCCAUCAAUUCUUCUCUAAAAUUAAAGAAAUCUCUCUCCCUCCCUCUCUCUCUCUCUCUCUCUCUCUCUCUCUCUCCCCUUGCUCACUAACCAACUGUUUUUCUUGUUUUCUACCUCUCAAUCUCAAUCUCUCCCAGUCUCUCUCCCAUCUCUCUCUCUAUCUCUCCCACUUUUUAACUGUUUAUCUCCUUUCUCUGUACUUUUCUUCUCCUGCUUCUGCUUCCCAUGGAAGCAGCCGAGGAUUGUUGUGUCAAAGUUGCUGUUCACAUUAGACCACUCAUUGGAGAUGAACGACUUCAGGGUUGUAAAGAUUGUGUCUCUGUGGUCCCUGGUAAACCCCAGGUUCAACUUGGACCACAUUCCUUUACUUUCGACCAUGUAUAUGGAAGCACUGGUUCUCCUUCGUCUGGUAUGUUUGAAGAGUGUGUAGCUCCUCUUGUCGAUGGGCUGUUUCAAGGAUAUAAUGCUACCGUUCUUGCCUAUGGCCAAACUGGCUCUGGCAAAACAUACACCAUGGGUACUGGCUCUAAAGAUGGUAAUCAGAUAGGAUUGGUUCCCCAAGUUAUGAGCACUUUAUUUAGCAAGAUUGAAACACUAAAACAUCAGAUUGAGUUCCAGCUGCAAGUUUCCUUUAUUGAGAUUCUUAAAGAAGAAGUACAAGACUUGCUGGAUCCUGACUGUUCCAACAAAUCAGAGAUGACAAAUGGCCACUCGGGGAAGGUUACAUCUCCGGGAAAACCACCAAUACAGAUACGCGAAACAUCAAAUGGUGUUAUUACAUUAGCAGGGUCUACUGAGCGUAGUGUUAAGACAUUAAAAGAAAUGUCUGAUUGCCUUGAGCAAGGAUCAUUGAGCAGGGCAACGGGAAGUACAAACAUGAAUAAUCAGUCCAGUCGAUCCCAUGCUAUUUUCACCAUCACACUGGAACAAAUGCAUAAGAUCAACUCUAGUUCUCCUGGUGAUACCAGCCCAAAUGGAUGCAUAGGUGAAGAAUAUUUAUGUGCGAAGUUGCAUCUAGUGGAUCUUGCUGGAUCAGAGCGAGCUAAACGGACAGGCUCUGAUGGCAUGCGUUUUAAGGAAGGAGUUCACAUUAACAAGGGUCUUCUUGCACUUGGCAAUGUAAUCAGCGCACUUGGUGAUGAAAAAAAACGAAAAGAAGGUCUUCAUGUUCCAUACCGUGACAGUAAACUUACUCGGCUUUUGCAGGACUCGCUUGGCGGUAAUAGCAGAACUGUUAUGAUAGCCUGUGUUAGCCCGGCUGAUAUUAAUGCUGAAGAAACUCUAAACACUCUCAAGUAUGCAAAUCGUGCUCGGAAUAUCCAAAACAAGCCUGUUGUUAACAGAGAUCCAAUCUCUAAUGAGAUGUUGAAGAUGCGCCAACAAUUAGAGUGCUUACAGGCAGAACUUUGCGCUCGUGGGGGAGGAGCUUCAUCUAACGAAUUACAGGUAUUGAAAGAUAGGAUUGCUUGGCUUGAAGCUACAAACGAGAAUCUUUGUCGCGAACUUCAUGGAUACCGCAGCAGAUCCUCUGAUAUGGAGCCAUGUAGAACCAGUGCUAAGGUUGGCGAAAUAGUUUCUACUAAAACAGACGGGCUUAAAAGGGGUUUACAGAGUGUUGACUCUCCAGAUUGUCAAAUGAGUGAAAGUGGCGACUCUAGUGACAUUGAUGAGGAAGCAGCAAAGGAAUGGGAGCAUACUCUUCUACAAGAUUCUAUGGACAAAGAAUUACAUGAAUUGAACAAGCGAUUAGAACAAAAAGAGUCCGAGAUGAAACUUUUUGGCGGCUUCGACACAAUGACUCUUAAGCAACACUUUGGAAAGAAGAUUGUGGAACUUGAGGAUGAGAAAAGAACCGUGCAGCAUGAAAGGGAUCGAUUGCUGGCCGAGGUUGAAAAUCUUUCUUACAACUCUGAUGGGCAGAAAUUGCAAGACGUUCAUUCCCAGAAAUUAAAAGCACUUGAAGCACAGAUUCAAGAUUUGAAGAAAAAGCAAGAGAGUCAGGUUCAGCUUUUAAAGCAAAAACAGAAAAGUGACGAAGCAGCAAAAAGAUUACAAGAUGAAAUCCAUUUUAUUAAAGCACAAAAGGUUCAGUUGCAACAUAAAAUUAAACAAGAAGCUGAACAAUUUCGACAGUGGAAGGCAUGUCGAGAGAAAGAACUGCUGCAGUUAAAGAAAGAAGGGAGAAGGAAUGAAUACGAAAGACAUAAAUUGCAGGCAUUAAAUCAGCGACAAAAAAUGGUUCUUCAGCGAAAAACUGAAGAGGCUGCUAUGGCUACCAAGAGGCUAAAGGAGUUGCUAGAAGCUCGCAAGUCUUCAACACGAGACACCUCAGCGAUCAGCCACGCAAAUGGAACAAAUGGACAGACCAACGAGAAAUCCUUGCAACGUUGGCUCGAUCAUGAACUCGAGGUCAUGGUGAAGGUUCAUGAAGUCCGAUACGAGUAUGAGAAACAAAGUCAAGUACGAGCUGCGUUGGCAGAAGAAUUGGCUGUUUUAAGACAAGUUGAGGAAUUUGCUUUAAAGGGCCUUAGCCUUCCUAGAGGGAAAAAUGGUCUUUCUAGGGUUUCUUCCAUGUCACCAAAUGCACGCAUGUCAAGAAUAUCUUCUCUUGAAAAUAUGCUAAGCAUAUCGUCAAACUCACUCGUGGCAAUGGCUUCUCAGCUAUCAGAAGCAGAGGAGCGUGAGCGUGCCUUUGCUAGUCGUGGACAUUGGAAUCAGCUACGCUCAAUGGGUGAUGCAAAAAAUAUGCUACAAUAUAUGUUCAACUCGCUUGGUGAUGCUAGGUGCCAGUUGUGGGAAAGGGAAAUCGACAAUAAGGAAAUGGAAGAUCAACUCAAAGAACUAGUAGGUCUACUGCGACAGAGUGAGACAAGAAGAAAGGAAGUUGAGAGGGAUCUGAAGAUAAGAGAGCAAGACCUAGCCAUUGCACUGGCUUCAUCUGCUUCAAGAUCUGAUGAUCAUGGGAACUCUCACAAUUCAUUAAAACACGUGGCUGAUGACAUGAGUGGCCAACUGUCUCCUAUUUCCACACCAGCACAAAAACAACUCAAAUAUUCAGCGGGUAUUGCCAAUGCGUCUGUCAGAGAGUCAGCAGCCUUUAUAGAUCAGGCCAGAAAGAUGGUGCCGGUUGGGCACUUGACAAUGAAGAAACUGUCAGCAGCAGGGCAUGCAGGGAAACUGUGGAGAUGGAAGAGGAGCCAUCACCAAUGGCUUUUACAAUUUAAGUGGAAGUGGCAAAAACCGUGGAGACUGUCGGAGUUGAUUAGGCACAGUGACGAAACAAUCAUGAGGUCACGACCUCGUCCCCAGGCUCUGCCAGAUGUGAUACGUAGGCGUUGAAGUUCUUGUCGACUAUGUAAAUUCUUGUUUGACCCUCGAUCAUCUCCAUGGUAUGCACACGGAAGAGCAUUAGAAAUAAAUGCAGGCGGCAUGCAAUGGUAUAUUAGAGUUCUAUAGCUGGCAUACUGCAAGUGGGCACCAUGUAAAGUUUUGUAGUGCCUAACUGCCAGCCCGUGAGUUGUUGCAGGUUAAAGGCUAAAAGAUUGGAUGGUGAAAGUAUAUUUUUGUACUUCUGGGUGAACUCUAUUGUUGUGAAUUCCCUCCUGGAAACUUGUUGUGGUGUAAGUUCGCGAUCAGAUUAGAUAGCGUCGAGUGUGGUUUUUCUAUAGGUAGUAGUAUCCAUUGUGUGUAAGCACAAUAUUGAUUUUGGGUGAGAGGAGUGGGCUCCAACAUUUUUUUACAACAGCAUACUGUGAAGGAUGUUUACCUCUUCUUUUUAGCCUUUUAGGUUAUGUUUCACCUAUGUGCAGUAGAUUAACUCAUUUGAUGAUGUAAAUGGCACAUUGUAACUAAAAGAAAGUUUCUUAGAGUGUAA